CAGAUCCUCGUCCCAGUUUCACGUCGACUGCCUUGCACUACUACGAAUUCGAUCCCAACGUAGGAAACGAUAACACGCCAAGUCCCUCAACGUUAACCCGCUAGCCAUGGACGUAGACUCUCCGGUGCCUUCUGAGUUGGUCCCCGAGGUCAUGGCCGACCUCGCACCGCCUCUCCCCGAAAGUGGGUACCCGCAUAAGCGGAAACGCAGCAGAUCAGACGGCAUCCCGGCCAACUCCUUCAACAAGCGCCCGGAAAAUGGCGCCCUACCAGCUACGAAUGGAUCAGAAAUCGACGUCAUUCCUCAGCACGCCCCGCAAUGGCAGCAGACGAUCGAGCAAUCCAUCCUAUCCAUUGUCAGUAUUCGAUUUUCCCAGGUCGCUUCUUUUGACACUGACGGGACAGAUAGCUCCGAGGCUUCCGGGUUCGUGGUCGAUGCGACAAGAGGGUUGAUCUUAACGAACAGACACGUCGCUUGUGCAGGUCCCUUCUUUGGUGAAGCUGUGUUCCAUGAUCAUGAGGAGGUGGACGUGUUUCCAGUGUACAGGGACCCAGUGCAUGAUUUCGGAAUCCUCAAAUUUGACCCAAGGAAAAUUCGGUACAUGCAAGUCCGGGAAGUCGAACUAGCUCCGCAUUUAGCGCGGGUCGGUCUGGACAUCCGAGUGGUUGGAAAUGACGCUGGAGAGAAACUCAGCAUUUUGGCUGGAUCGAUAUCGCGACUGGACCGAAAUGCGCCAGAAUACGGAGAAAUGACGUACAACGACUUCAAUACCUUCUAUCUCCAAGCUGCGUCUAGCACUAGUGGAGGGUCUUCGGGGUCGCCUGUGCUGAAUAUUGAGGGCAAAGCAGUGGCUUUGCAAGCGGGCGGUCAUAUGCGGGCCGCCACCGACUUCUUCUUCCCAUUAGAUCGGGUGGCGCGCGCCUUGAAAUUCAUCCAGGAAGGGAGAGCAGUUCCAAGGGGUACUAUCCAAACGCAAUUCAUGCACCGACCAUUCGAUGAAGUUCGGCGGCUAGGAUUGAAACAGGAAACAGAAGCAUUCGUGCGCAAAACCUUCCCGAAGGAGGUUGGAAUGCUUGUGGCGGAAACGGUGGUCCCCAAGGGCCCAGCGUCGGCAGUAUUGGAGGAAGGAGAUAUACUCCUCAGUGUAAACGGCGUACAUAUUACCAAGUUUGUGCCUCUGGAGUCCAUUCUCGAUGACAGUGUUGGGAAGGCGAUCACAGUUGUCAUUCAGCGUGGCGGUGUAGACAUGGAGUUUACUAUCACGGUGCAGGAUCUGCAUACCAUCACCCCAGAUCGGUAUCUCGAAGUUGGGGGAGCUAAGCUAAACGAUGUCUCGUACCAGCUGGCGCGUCAAUUUUGUGUUCCGGUGGAGGGUGUCUAUGUGGCGGAGCCAUCCGGCAUGUUCCGGUUAGACGGAGCCGACCAAGGGUGGAUCAUCAGUUCAAUCGACACGAGGCCGACACCGAACUUGGACGCCUUCAUUGAAGCAUUCAAAAACAUCCCAGAUCGCGAGCGCAUUCCUGUGGAGUACUACUCUAUUCUGGAUGUCCACACUAAGAGUGUGGCGAUCGUUGACGCUGAGAGACACUGGAGCGGCUUCAGACUUGCAGUCAGAAAUGAUAAAACCGGUUUCUGGGAUUACACUAAACUGCCGGAGGGGCCAGCUCCCAAAGUCUGGAAACCCAUUACCGCUACGUUUGCCACUCUCGACCAGAGCCUCGGAGUAUCCGCAACUCUGUUCCAUUCAUUGGUAAAGGUCAGCAUCUACAUUCCGUGUCGUAUUGAGGGGUUCCCGAAGUCCAGGAAAAUGGGGGCUGGUCUUGUGCUAGAUGCCGAGAAAGGACUUGUUGUUGUUGGUCGUAGCGUCGUCCCAUACACUUUGGGGGACAUUAUGCUCACAUUUGCGGACUCCAUCAUCAUUCCCGGAAAAGCCAUUUUCCUCCACCCCAUCAACAAUUUCGCCAUCAUUCAGUACGAUCCCAGCCUUCUUGGCGCAACACCUGUUAAGAGUGCCCCUGUCAGUGACGUCAAGCUUGGCCAAGGGCAUCGCGUCACUCUCAUCGCACUGAAUCACAAUCAGAGGCCCGUCGGCGUUGAGACGACAGUCACGGACAUAACAGCUGUGACGAUUCCUUAUUCCGGCACCCCGCGUUUCAGAGCCAUCAACUUCGAUGCCAUAACGUUGGACACACCCUUGGCUCAGCAAUGUUCUGCUGGAGUUUUGGCGGACUCGAAAGGAAAGGUGCAGGGAAUCUGGUUGAGCUUCCUUGGCGAGCAUACAACGUCGGGACAUGACCAGGAGUAUCAUCUCGGCUUCGACAUCAACUCUGUCAUCCCCAUCCUUCGAAAGCUACAGGCCGGUGGUGUUCCCCGUCUUCGUGGACUGGCCAUCGAAGUGACGCCUGUGCAAAUGUCGCAAGCACGGCAUAUGGGUUUGAGUGACGAAUGGGUCCACCGAGUCCAGGAAGCGAACAAGGAGAGGCGUCAGCUGUUCCUCAUUCGUCGUACGGAAAAUGAGAGCGCCACGUCUCGUGUUCUCAAAGAUCUGGACGUCAUUCUCAGCGUUUCGGGCAAAGUGGUUACACGCGUCCAAGAGUUGGAGCUGUCCGAAGAGUGGCCCGAGGAAGUUGAUAUGGUCAUUUUGCGGAACAAGACGGAGAUGAGCAUUAGGGUUCCCACAACCGAAUUCGACAACGAAGGUGUCAAGCGGGUUGUCUUCUGGGCAGGCGCGGUUCUCCACGAACCCCACCGUGCUUGUCUGCAGCAGUCGCGAAGUCUACCUUCUAAGAUCUACGUUUCAAGCCGAUCCAAAGGAAGUCCUGCAUACAUGUAUGGCAUUACCACCACGCACUGGAUUGUCGCCGUCAACGGGCAGAGCGUUACCACGCUCGAUGACUUCGUCGACGCCGUGCGCGGUCUGAAGGAUGGUGAAUACGUCCGUGUCAAAUGCAUCAGCUUCGAUCUUGUUCCAUGUGUCUUGAGCGUCAAGUUGUGUCUGCACUACUGGCCCACAUCUGAGAUCGUCCGAGACCCGGAAGCGAACUCCGGAUGGAAGAAGAACGUCAUCGAAUGAAAGAAGGCAACGACUCACGAGGUUGUCUAACCCGCGCACAACUCUCCGCUCCGCCAAUUGUAAAAAGCAUCAUCCUGAAGCUUAGAGGAACCCAUUCCUGACUAGUCACAAUCACAUAGCCCAAAGCCAAACCCUGCAACCACACCCCUCUGUAUAUUUUACCAGCCAUAUCUCCACGAGUCACACAUUAAGAUAGUGUAUUUAAUCAUCAUUUUGUUUCUUGGGGACGUUUGGCCGCUUGUCG